UGGCGCAGCCCCUUCCGGCGGCGGGGCGGGCUCGGGCCCGGCGCGUGCGCGGCGGCGGGCGCGCGGCCAUGGCGGACGCGGUGCUGUUCCGGCGCGGCACCGGGCAGAGCGACGACUCGGACAUCUGGGACGACACGGCCCUCAUCAAGGCGUACGACAAGGCGGUGGCCUCCUUCAAGAAUGCCUUAAAAAAUGGGGAGUGCUCGGAGCCUUCAGACAAGCAGGAGCAGCGCCUGAUGAUAAAGAGAAAAAACCAUAAAAAGAACAGAAAUAGAAACAAGAGCAAUACAGCGCCUUUGAAACAGUGGAAAGUUGGUGACAGCUGCAGUGCUGUUUGGUCUGAGGAUGGUAAUUUGUAUCUAGCAACUAUUGCCUCCAUCAACCAGAAGAGAGGCACCUGUGUUGUCACUUACACAGGAUAUGGAAAUCAGGAGGAGCAGAACUUGUCUGAUUUACUUCCUCCAGCCAGCGAUGAAACAGUAAAUGGGAUGGGGCAUUCUGGGGAGAAUGAAAAUGAGACUCCAUAUUCAACAGAUGAAAGUGAAAAAUCGUUCCAGUCACCUCGAAACAAAAACAACUGCACAAAAGCAAGAUUUUCCCCUCAAAACUUGAGAUUUCCCACACCACCACCACCACCAGCCCCAGGCCUAGGAAGGUCUGGAUCAAAAUUCAAGGCACCUCCAUCAUUUUUAUCUUGCUGGCCCCCACCCUUCCCAGCAGGACCACCACUGAUUCCUCCUCCACCACCCAUGAGGCCAGACUCUGCUGAGGACGACGAAGCAUUGGGAAGCAUGUUGAUAUCCUGGUACAUGAGUGGUUACCACACUGGAUAUUACCUGGGUUUAAAACAAAGCCGGAUGGAAGCAGCGCUGGAGAGACAAACACAUGCCAAGUAACCACGUACGAACCAUUGUUCUGAAGGAUUGUAAGUAUUGCAGCUUUGUGGUAAAUGAAGAUACAGUCAAGUUUUGAACUCCCUUCAGAAAUCUCUUGUCUUUGGGACUUCCAUCCAUUCUUACGGCUCUCUGAAAAGGCUACUUCUGCCAGUAGUAAUCCCUUCUUUGCAGCUGUGGAAUUGUAUUUUUGUAGCUAGAAUGAAGGAAAGUAUUCAUUGCUCUGAUGAGAGUUUUAACUACGGCAUCUGUCUACAUCACAAUUAACAGUGCAGCUUAUUUGAAUUAUUAAUGGUUCAUAGUGGCCUGUUGGAAUAGAAGGUUGUAAGUGAAAUGCAGUUUUUUCAUCUGUGUUUCCUUACACAGAUGGGAGGGUUGUAGCUAAACUUUGUUUUCAGUUUGGUAAUGUUGAGCAGUUCUGUUCUCAGUACUUCAGUAUCUAUGAUUUGAAAUGUUUUGUCCAGAAUUCUCCAGUGUAUUGUUCACUUCCUUAUAAAACAAAACUAUAUUCUCCUGGGGAAUUGUUUUCUGAUUUUCUCUGACAACAUGUAAUUUCUGUGUAAUUUAGUAGUUCUUUGUGUGUUUAAAACAAAAAGGCUCUUUUAUACUUAUUUUUGCUUCUUUUUUAAAGCCAGGUACAAAUCUUUUCCACUGAGAGGUGUGUAACACUUAUGCUUUGGUGGUUGAUGGUGAAGAACUGAAUUUUAUCAAGACAAUUAAUCAUAGCAUUUUCUUAACGCUGACCUGUCCCUGUUAACAAAUAAAUAACUUCAGACUAGUAAUCAGAUGUGCAUUGAAAUGAGCUGUUUCUUAAAGACCUCUAGUCAAAUGUAUUUCAAAGUACUGCAGCAACAAAAUACUUUUUAUUUCCCUGAGUCAGUUUUAAGUCUUCUUACCACGUGAUAGAUUUAACUCUUUUGACCCCAUGUGAUAGAUUUCAUAUAUCUCUCAACAUGUUUUGCAUUCCUCAGACUUUCUGUCUGAAUGGCAGCACCAGAACAAUUGAUUAUGGUAUCCUCUUAGGGAGAGCUAUGGCAGCAAUGUGUGUUACAGUGGCCACUGGUGGCACUGGCAUGGAAAACAGUGUACUGUCAUAGUAGGAGGGACAUCUUACAGGUCUCAUUAGAACCAUGAAAUAUGACAGCUUUUUUCGGGAAGGCUGUUGUCUUGUUUCAAAUGUGUGAAUAAAGUUCUACUUCUUAAA